AUGCAUAUCGACAAGGAUCCACCCCCUCCGGGGGUCUCCAAGCCCGCACGCGCACAAGGCUCCAAGUGGUAUAGCCGCGAACUCGGGCGAUCUGCGGGCGAUCCGUCGGCAAGCUCGGCUAGCACAGCGCCAGGGAACCCCGGCCCCCUUCCGUCCUCCUACACGGUGAGCUCGGGCACGCAUAUACUCGGUGUUACCCACGCUGCGGAGGACGAAGCCGGCCAGGCAGAACCUAGUCCGGGCGCUUCACGAAAGACCAGGGCUGAGAAAGGGAAGGCGAAGGCAGUCGAGUUCACCCCCGAGCCAGACUCAGACGCCCCGGGAUCAGACGACGACACACCCGGGUUGAUCGACCCGAUCGAAUUCCCGCCCCUGGGUGGCAGCCCAGCACCCGAGGCGUCUACCCCGGCCAAGAUCGGCAAGCCCGCAGACGCGGGGACGGGGGGCACCCAAGGCAAUCAGGACGACCAAUGCGACCUCGACUUCCCCAUGGAGUUCGAGGCUCUGAUGAAAGAGGGUUACGAGCCGGAUGCGGCGCGCCAGAUGCUGCGCGCAGCCGCCGCGGAGGCCGCCGAACGCGAGGCGGCCAAACAGCGCAGGAGGGAGGAAAGACACGCCGCGCGCGAAGCCGAUGAAGCCGCACGCAAGCACGAGAAGGCCGAGCGUCAACGCAAGGAAGCGGAGGAAGUCCGAGAGCGCAACCUCAAGGCCAUCCUAUCCAGCGCGAUCAAGCGGAGGCGAAGCGUCCUCGACUCGGGCAAGGCACAGCUCAAGCGCGUGAAGAAGUCUUUGGGCAAGGUCGGCAAGGCGGCGGCUAGGCGCUUGUCGCGACAGCCGUCGCGAUCAUCCGCGAGCGGCUCUGAGGACACCGCGGGGGACGAAGAGCUGGAGGAGGACGAAGAUGAGGGUAUGGUAUGCGAGGCCGACAACUCUCCCGACAUCUUCACGCUCAACAGGGCCCCCAUCGACACCCGCCUGAUCACCAUGCUUCGCACCGGACACUACAUUCCCCUCUCCGCCCUCACCAACGAAUCCUUGCGCGCGAUCCGAUCGGAGGCAUCAAAGCGGAAGCUGGUCAAAGCCGAGCCGCUGCACGGGGAGAAGAAGCAUCACAUACUCGAGGUCAGCGUCUUCCCGGACGAGCGUCUGAUGUCGGCUGCGGACUGGGAAGAAGCGUGGAAGAACAUGCUGGAGGGUCUGAUGCCGGGAGUAUGCACACCUGACAUCAUCGCGCGCUGGCGGGCGCACGUAGACUACAGUCAAACCCCUCAUAGCGCAUACCUAUCAUAG